UUAGUACGGGAGAGGUGACAAGCGGUCGGGAUAUACGGACGCCAAAGAAGAAGAUGGAGAAGAAGAAGAAACAGAGGCAGGGGGAGGUUUGGUCAGUGCUUGCACCGUUUGGUUCGUGCAGACGGCGCUGGUGGGUCACGCCGAUUACAACGCGGGUCCCAAAAGGCUCUGGGCUGCUUGCUUGCUUGCUUUGAGUGGAACACCCAAGCCCUCCUUGACUCUGACGCCCGCUUACUCAGAACCUCAGAGCUUCAACGACGUCGAAAGGAAAAAGCAAAUCUAACGGGUAGCCUCUGAAGACGAGUCAGAGCGAUCGCGCGUGUGUGUGUUUGGGUGUUUUGGGGAUGCGUACCCUAUUGCAUAAUACCACUCAGCGCGUACCCAGCAACGUGUUUGUACCGUCGGAGAGGUCAGGCGGGAUGAAGAUUACCCUCCUCAUUGGGGUUAUUGGCUCAUGCCUACUAGCCCUGGCCACGGCCGAACGCGCCCCCGUGAUCACUACUCUCGAAGGCAAGGUUUCGGGCGUCGUUGAGAAAGCAGUCAACGGCAACGCAUUUCAUUCCUACUACGGCAUUCCCUAUGCGUCGCCUCCUCUAGGAGAACUGAGGUUUAAGGAUCCAACAGCACCCACGGCAUGGGGAGGGGUGAGGGAUGGCUCCAAGAUGCCUCCAAUGUGCCUCCAGGUGCGUUUUGGUAAGGUCAUGGCUGGCAUAAAAUCACCCCCGGAAGAGCUGGACGGAAAUGAGGACUGCCUGUACUUGAACGUGUUUUCACCGAGGGAUGCCACGACAUCAGAGCCAAACGGCCUCCCAGUUAUGGUCUUCAUCCAUGGAGGAGGAUUCUUCGCGGGAGGCGCAGAAGAAUACCUGCCUCACGUGAUGCUCAGCAAAGACAUCGUCCUCGUGGUCAUCCAGUACAGAUUAGGAUUCUUAGGGUUCCUAUCCACGGCGGACUCCGUGAUCCCGGGGAACUUCGGGCUGAAAGACCAGACGAUGGCUCUCCGGUGGGUGCAAAGGAACAUCAGGAGCUUCGGGGGAGAUCCUCAGAGGGUCACCAUCUUCGGCGAGAGCGCCGGCGCGGCUUCCGUCCACUUCCAGAUGCUGACUCCGCAAGCGAAAGGACUGUUCAGCAGAGCUAUCACGCAGUCUGGGAACACCUUCUGCCCCUGGGCGCUGAAAACCGACCAUGCCAAAUACGCCAGAGAAGUUGGACAGUUCGUAGGGUGCAACAUUGACGAAGGAAAUCAAGCUUUCCUGCAGUGCCUUCAGUCCGUCGAAGCGAACAAGAUUGGCGUGGCUGCUCAGGAACUGAUGAGGUGGUUCGUCUUUCCCAUGCUGGCUUCGCCCAGAGUAGACGGUGACUACCUGCCCGACCAUCCUGUUCGUCUGAUGCAACGAGGUCUCUACAACAAGGUCAACCUAAUCUCAGGGGUCACGGCUGACGAGGGAGCAAUAUUCUCACUCCCUCUGUUUAGCCGACCAGACCUUUUACCAGCUCUGCUGAAUAACUUUGGGGAAAAUGGUCCCUACAGCCUUGGUCUAUCAGUGGAGGAUAGCGAACCCGAAGUGCUAACGAGAGAGAUCUACAAAUUCUACCUAGGAGGAGUUGUUGUAGAUGCCGAGCACGUAGACGGAUUAACGAAGAUGAUGGGAGAUCGCCACUUCAAGAUUUGUCACGACCUGUUCUCCGACUUGCACGCCAGGCAGAAGGGCGUGUCCGUGUACAGAUACGAACUGCUACAUCACGGACAGAUGUCCGUUACGCGCGUGCUCAAUUCAAACAUCCCGGCGGGCAGCUGGGUAGCCCACGGGGACGACUUGUACUACCUCUUCAGGGGUGGUCCCCUCCUCCAGCCCUUCGAGCCGCCAUCAGAUAACCCGACUGAUAUCACGGCCGAAAAGGACCUUCGUCUGAGGGAGGCCAUGCUCAGCCUCUGGACAAACUUCGCUACUACCGGGAAUCCAACCCCAGACGACUCCUUAGAAUUCCGAUGGCACGCAACAGACCCCAACGACUUCAGCUUCCUGAAGCUCUUGCCUCGGCCACGGAUGACUUGUGACGUCAGGGAAAAGGAGCGUGACUUCGCCAACUCACUCCCGACAGAACUCAACCGCCUCCUCCAUCCGGACCUGAUACGAGAGAAGGGUUUGAAGUCUGAAUUGUAACAGAUGGGUCAUGCAGAAAUCAAACGCUCAGUGAUUAAUUUAACACCGGUCUUAUAUUCUAAUGAAUUUACACAAGGGCCCGAGUGAAAUUGAACUUAAUAUCUAUAGUACCGGCGGGAUUGAGACCGAACGAGGAAACCGGCAGAGGCAACGAGGGGGAACUACACGUCCACCUCAUUUCUUGACCGACGACUAACUGCCCCUUCAAGGGGACGCCUUGGUUUCCUCUCUCCUCCCAUACCCCACAACCCCCCCGAUAUUUUCCUUCUAGGCUGUGAUUGGGUCUGGCACCUCUCCUUAGGUCUAUUGACCAAUGAGUGCCAAUCUAGGUGACGCUAGGGACCAACGAACUUUUGGGGGGUGACGGUUGGGGGAGAUGACGCUCUUCUCAACCUGAGAGAGGAUGACCGUUGACACCUCAAGGAGUCUUGAGGGGAAUUCAGGAUUUUUUGGGGAGUUCUUUAUAAACACUCUAGAAUGGUUUAUCACUCCCUCCCCAAAUUCCUUUGCGUCCUCGCAAAGCUGCAGUCCUUGCCUUGUCCCACCUCGAGUCUCCUCCCUCACGGUACUGAUUUAUCUAAAUUAAAAUUAUCUAUCUUAGUUACUGGGGGCCAUUUGACGUGUGUACAAACCAAAGGUUACAAGUAAAUUGAAUACGUCUUACAACACAUAAGAUCUUUACAAAAAAUUAGGAACAAUCACUUUUUCCUGGAACAGACCAAACAAAAAGACAGAAAAUCUCACACAUUUAGCCGCUGCACUUGGCAAUCGCGACACACGGCAUCUAUUUUUAUCACAAUGCAUCACGUCAAUCUAUUAAAACUUCUCAAAAUAACAAAAACAUAAUUUAAACAUACACAGAACAAAAAUAAUGCAGUGGAAUUUCACGAAAAUAAAAGAAUCCUCCUGGAACGUCAAUGUACAUUUACUACUCUCACAUGAAAAUAAAAAUAAAUAACUAAAGAACCAUGGAAAUAAAUAUGGAAAUUCAGGCACAAACAAAAAUUUCAUCGUAUGUGAAAACCUUAAAAAAAAAACUUUACAAGCAUUAGUGUAAUUUAUGAAUUAUAAAAUAGGAUGGAAUCGGGGUUGCGGCAAAUUCAACACAAAUAAAAAACAGUAAAUCAAAAUAAUAAAAUAACGUACAUAAGCAACACAACCACAACAAAACAAAAUUACAUACAAGAAUAUGAUCCACAGGUAAUAACAUUUGUUCUCAAAAUAAUUUGGUCAAUUUAAAUAAAAAAAAACAUAAAUUCGUGACACAUUACAAACUGGUCGAGAUAUCAAGAAAUAAAAUUUAAAAAAAAAUAAAUAAAACAACUGGUAUGAUUCUGAAUCCUAGGCAAAGACGUGGGUUGGCAUUUACAGACUGAUCGCUGACCCCUUUCAUUUACUUUGCCAUAGCAUUUACUUAUGACAUAGGCCCGGGAGCUCGGUCUUGUGCCCUCAACGCCCACCUGCGCUCCUGUGUAUUUCACUGGCUCGCCUCCCAGAUACCCGGCCAACCUCGGGUACGGGGAUACUGGUUGGUUGGUGUGGUACACCAAAUGUCUUGACGUACGGUGUGCGACAGGUGUUUCGAUUUUCUUCCACAUGAUAUGGUCUCCAACAGGCAGGUUUUAUCCACCAUCCUACCCAUGGGUGGGAGCGUGUAUAGGCAUCCACGAACUCGCCAUAAUACUUGUAUUGCCCUGGCGCCGCAGGAAGUGGUCUCACCACAUUUAAUGCUCACGAUAGAGUAUAAAAAGUACCACUUCGAGUGCCCUGAUAAGAGACUGUUCUAUGGUUGUAUGCCAUGCCUGGAAUAAGGAUUUACAUAAAUAAAAUGGAUGGUUCUUUCAAUAAAAAAAAAAA